AUGAUCCUUACACGAUUGCCGAUACGAUCCGCAAGGAAGCAAUUAGAUGCUUCAGCAUGUAUGCUAUGCCAAUGGCGUUCAUUUACUACUACAUAUCGACGAUGGGACGAAAAGAAAGAGACGCCAUCACCGGUGCCAGAAACUCCUUCAGUUCUAGAUGAAGCUCCAAGAGCUUCGGGCAAGAGGGUGGAAAGCUUUACGCCUAAGCCUUUGGAUCGAGCAAUUGGACUUCCGCAACCACCGAGAGCAGGUCAGAAUAGUGGAGUAGACAAUAGGUCAAUGAAAGAAAGAAGAGAUGAUUUCGUCAAUUGGGACAAGCAUCUUGAAAAGCGCAAGAAAUUGACUGCGGCAAUGGCCAAACCAUAUUACAGAGAAUGGAGCAAUAUGAAAUAUCAUAAGGGAAAAUCCUUCCUGGCACCUCCUCGAAUUUUCAAAGCCGAUCGUGCGCUCUAUUUUCCUAAUUUAAGCGGCCGAACUCUAGAACCAGACUCUACGCUAUAUGAAAAUACAACACCCAUACUAGAGGGCAAGGUCUCAGUUGUGUCCGUAUUCAGUGGUGCAUGGGCAGAAAACCAGGCGGCUACAUUUGCAUCUGAGAAGAGUAACCCAAGUUUACAUGAGGUGGUUAGAAACAACAAGGAAUUGGCGCAAAUGGUACACAUCAACAUCGAAGAGAACUAUCUGAAAGCUAUGCUCAUCAAGUUUUUUCGGUCGAGUUUAAGGAAAAAGCUGCCAAAAUGGAUGUGGAAGAGAUAUUUUGUCGUCCAGAAGGGUCUUACGGAUGAGAUGAAAGAUGCUAUAGGUCUAUUAAAUAGUAAGGUCGGGUACACAUACAUUCUAGAUGGGGAUUGUAAGAUUAGGUGGGCGGGCAGUGGUCCUGCCGAAGAAUACGAGAAGGACGUCUUGGUCAAGAGUGUAUCCCGACUCUUGGAGGAUGCUAAAGCACCCCUCGCGCAAAAGAGACUGGAAAAUGGUGCACAGCAAUCAGGGUAUGCUGCCGCAAAGAAGGAAAGUAAAGAAGAUGCAGCAAAAGCUGGACGUCGAGCAUGA